AUGGAGAAUUCGCGUCGACCCUUUGAUAGAUCCAGAGAUCCAGGUCCGAUGAAGAAACCCAGGCUUAACGAGGAAUCAAUCCGGCCUGUGAAUUCGAAUACGCGGCAGUUUUCGUCGCAGAGAACGCUCGGUACGGCGGCGGUAGCGAUACCACCACCAUCGGCUACGGCGAGAUUUCGAGUUGGUGGCAGAGAAACGGAGAGUGAUCCGAGCCGUGAGGCUUACCAGCCACAACCUGUUCAUCCACAUUACGAGCUUGUGAAUCAGUAUAAGUCUGCACUUUCCGAGCUCACUUUCAACUCCAAGCCAAUAAUAACGAACCUUACGAUAAUUGCUGGUGAGAAUGUCCAUGCUGCUAAGGCCGUAGUAGCCACCAUUUGCAACAACAUCCUCGAGGUACCAAGUGAUCAGAAACUGCCAACAUUAUACCUGUUGGAUAGCAUUGUGAAGAACAUCGGAAGGGAUUACAUUAAGUACUUUGCUGCCAGGCUGCCUGAGGUAUUUGUUAAGGCCUACAGACAAGUUGACCCUCCUAUGCAUUCUAACAUGCGGCAUCUCUUUGGCACCUGGAAAGGAGUCUUUCAUCCGCAAACACUUCAGCUUAUUGAGAAAGAACUUGGCUUUAAUGCGAGAACUGAUGGUUCAGCAGCUGUUGUUACCAAAGGUAGAGCUGAACCGCAAUCUCAGCGCCCACCUCAUAGCAUCCAUGUGAAUCCUAAGUAUCUGGAAAGGCAACGCCUUCAACAGUCAGGACGGCCAAAAGGAAUGGUUACUGAUGCCCCUGAGAUCGCACCUGAUUUGACUAGGGAUUCAGAUGGACUGGAGAGAGUUUCAAGCAUAGCAUCUGGAGGCUCGUGGGUGGGUCCAGCUAAAGUAAAUACCAUUCGGCGACCUCAGAGAGAUUCACUUAGUGAACCCCUCUAUGAAAAAGAUAUCACGUCAAUAGCAGGGGAAUAUGAUUAUGCUUCCGAUCUACCGCAUAAUUCUAGAUCGGUGAUUAAGAAAAUUGGUUCAAGGGUUACUGAUGACGGAUGUGAGAAACAGUGGUAUGAAGCUAUGAGCAGGGGUCCUGAUCUAAUUUCUGACCCGAGAGAUGGGUUACAAACCAAAGGCAGAAUCUCCAACAAUUAUGCUACUGCGAGACUAGAAAAUUCAGAAUCAAGUGGCCCCAGUAGAAAUAUAGGUGUGCAUUAUGAUAGUUGGAAAAACUCUGAGGAAGAAGAGUUUAUGUGGGAUAUGCACUCAAGGUUAUCUGAAACUGAUGUAGCCACUAUCAACCCAACGAAUGAGCUUCAGGCAGCAGAUGAUACAGAGAGAUUGGAAUCUGAAAAUCACCUCCUAAAAAGACCAAGGUUUCCACUUGUUGAUCCAAGGUUCGCUCCGGCAAAUACAACAGAGUUAUAUUCCAGCGAGCAGAAAGAUCCAAGUGUUUAUGGCCGCUGGGCGUCUUCUCCUAAGUCUUUGCAUGAUUCCGAAGUAUUUUCUUCCGUUGUUGCAACCUCGACUCCAGCUAGAAAGGGAAUUCAGCCUCAAGCUAGGGUUGCUGGCUCUGGAAUUUUGCCAAACUCAGGAUCUGGUUCAGAUAGACAGUCACCUCUACAUGAUUCAACUUCUAAACAGAAUAUGACCAAGCAAGAUUUUAGAAGAGCUCACUCUCUCCCUCAACGCGAUCCUAGGGCUUCCCGGUUUCCAGCAGCGAAAUCUCAAAGUAGUCAGUUUAAAAACACAAAUACGCUUGUACCACCUGAUGCAUCUGAAGCGGAAAACUUUGACUACAAGUCGACAGAUGAAAAUGCUCCAGGCCUUACUAUUGCCUCAGAAGCUACGGGACAACCCAACAUGAGUGAUUUGUUGGAAGCUGUCAUGAAGAGUGGAAUCCUUUCUAAUAAAUCAACUUGUGGUGCGAUUAAAGAGGAGAAUUCUCAGGAGGUUAAGUCAAGGGCAAAACCCCUGUCAGCAGCCUCUAAGCCUAAGACUUUGCCAGUUUCAUUGGCUAGUGACAAUUUAUUUGCUCGUUUGAAAGUUGAGCAAUCCUCCGCACCACUUGGUUCAUGUGCAGUGUCUCUUCCUGGCGUCACAUCAGCAGAGGCAUCAAAAGAUAAUAGUAAGGCCUCGGAUCCUCUUUCGUCCCUCUUGAGCUCCUUAGUUUCGAAGGGCUUGAUAUCUGCUUCAAAGACAGAGCUGCCAUCUCCCGUACAAAGUGCAGCUCCUUCCACAACACAGGACCAUAGUCCUGAUCAUUCUACCAGUAGCUCUGUGUCUGCAUCUGUCGUCCCAUCAGAUGCAUUGGUUUUGGGGAAGCAGGGUACAUCCACUUCACCUAUGGUAAAAUUGUUAGCUGCACCACUUGGAACAACAAAGUCGGAACCCGAAAACCUCAUAGGAUUGAAGUUUAGGGCCGACAAAAUCCGUGAACUUCACCCCUCAGUGAUUAGUAGUCUCUUCGAUGACCUUCCACAUCUCUGCACCUCCUGUGGCGUUCGCCUUAAACAAAAGGAAGAACUUGACAGGCACAUGGAGCUGCACAAUAAGAAGAAGCUUGAGUUAAGCGGUACAAACAGUAAAUGUAGGGAUUGGUUUCCAAAGGCUGAUGACUGGAUAGCAGCAAAAGCUGUAGACCUAGAACCUGAACCUGAGGAAGUUCUCAGUGAACCUGAGAGUGCUAUCGAGGAUGGCCCAGCCGUAGCUGUUGAUGAGAACCAAUGCGCAUGUAUAUUAUGUGGAGAGAUAUUUGAGGACUAUUUCAGUCAAGAAACAGCUCAAUGGAUGUUUAAGGGAGCUUCUUACCUGACUAUUCAUCCAGCCAACAGUGAAGCCAAUGGCCCGAUUGUCCAUGCAGGUUGUUUGACUACGAGUUCAGUGCAGAGCUUGGAAGUUGGAAAUGCAAUCAAGCAGGUAACUUGUUGCAUCCUUUGGUCAUCGAGCUCUCUGAUCUCAAACAGCAUUCAUUAA